CCCUUGUUCGUGCGUUCGUGCAACCGAAACCGAAACCACCGAAAAGGUACCGAAUCGAAACCGAAACGGUUUGAAAUUGAAAUUGCGAUAGAGCGAGCGGACGGUUCGGCCGGGACCAUCAUCCUAGAGGAACCCGAAUUCAUCUCCGGUCUCAACGCAAGCACAGCAGAUCAACAGUGAGGACAAGAUUAGAUAGAGGCUGCGGAAAGUGAUUUGUUUUGUGUGCUUGUGCUGCUUUUCAUGUUUUUUCGUGUAAACUGAAAAUUACAUCUUUGUCGUUUUUUGUUUGGUAAUUAUCUUUCAGGAGCUCCGUGGUACGAAAUGGCACCGGCUAAGAAAGCUGCCGGCGGCGGAGGACGCAAAAAAGCCGCCAACGGUUAUCAGAUGCCCGAGCCGGUUCCUCCGGGGACAGUGCUAACCGACAUGGCCAAACGACAAUGGAAGGUUGGACCUUCGAUCGGAAGCGGCGGAUUUGGUGAAAUUUAUUGUGCUUGUGAAGUCGGUUCCGGCGUGAAGAAGCCGGACGAUUAUCCGUAUGUUGUCAAAAUUGAACCGCAUGGCAAUGGACCCUUGUUCGUGGAGAUGCACUUCUACAUGCGCAAUGCCAAGCAGGAGGACAUUGAAAAAUUUAGGAAAGGUCACGGCUUGAAACACUUGGGAAUGCCUCACUUUGUCGGUAAUGGAUCUCACGAGUUGAAAAAUCUAAAACAUCGAUUCCUGGUGAUGCCCCGAUACAGCACCGAUCUGUGGGGUAUAUUUCUGAAGAACGAAAAGCGAUUUCCGUUGCACACAGUUUAUCGCAUAGCCCUUCAAAUGAUCGAUGUCAUGGAGUACAUUCACGAUUGCACCUACGUUCACGCAGAUUUAAAAGGAGCGAACAUUUUGCUUGGUUUUGGAAAGACGGCUAGCAAGCAGCAGUUGUUCCUGGUUGAUUUCGGACUGGCAAGUCACUAUACCAACAAAGACUUCAAGCCGGAUCCGAAGAAAAUGCACAACGGUACAAUUGAGUAUACUUCCCGUGAUGCCCAUCAGGGAGUUCCGACCAUGCGAGGAGAUAUGGAAAUCUUGGCGUACAACGUUGUUCAGUGGGCUGGCACUUUGCUGCCCUGGGAGGCUGAGAAACUCUUGGCCAAUCCCGUUAAAGUUCAGGAAUCGAAGGAAAAGCACAUGAAGGAUGUUGGUGGUUUCAUGAAGUAUUGCUUCAAAAAGGACAUUCCUAAGCCUAUAAACGAAUAUGUAAAAUACGUUGCAACCCUGAAGUACAACGAUAAACCAGAUUAUUCAAAAUGCAGGAAGUUCUUCGAAGCUGGUCUCAAGGAAUUGGGAAAAUCAAAUUCAGGAGACUUGGAAUUCGAAGCAAAACCAUCGAAAGCUGCAACACCUGCCAAGAAGAGAAUUGCUGAACCGGACUCUACAGAAUCAUCGGGUCCGAUGGCUCGACCACGCGGUCGACCACCAAAGGUCAUCAGCACAAGUCCCGAUACGACAUCUAAAGACGAACCGCCCGCCAAACGAAAGCAGGAAACGCCCUCCAAACCUGUACAGAAGAAGAAAAAGCCCACUGUCGAGGAAUCCCCCGCGCCCAUUGUCAAUGGACACACGUCUACACCGUCGUCGGAAGUGGUAUCCGCUAAGCUGUCCGCCCAAGAACAAACCGGAUCGAUUCGAUUGAAUACGAAGGUCGGUGGAGGCACACCCAAAGCUGGCAGCAAGGUUAAGAAAACCUACGCCUUCAACUUUGAACUGGACGUCAGCAUUGACGCGGAUGUGAUCGUCAAUGUUCGACGAAAGAAGAAGGCUCCCACAGAAUCACCUGCCUUGGAAUCGAUAGAACCGUCACCGGCAACACGAAGGAAAUCUCCCUCGAAAUCGCCUUCGCCGGCCGUUUUGCCGAAGCGAUCCCGGCGACAGAAUGCCUCCAUCCAGGAAGAGAACAGCAUCAUAUCGCUGAACACUACCGAGGGAGAUCAGUCCUCGGUGCACCCGGACGACGACACCAUUCCGAACAGUGACCCCAACACGCCGGAACCGCGCUAUCUGGCAUCCCGGUCGAUUGUGAACACACCACAACGGAAGGUGGCCGCAGCUGUGGGGCGCUCCAAUGCUCGUCUAGGCGAGGCACCAGCCCGCGCCGGGGAGUACAAAGGCAAGAAGGCCAAAUCGUAAGCUAGGUAUGCAAGUAUUUCAGUGUACUAACUGUCCAUUCUAAUUUUCUUUGAAUCUACUAUCUUCUUUACGUAUUUAGUGUUCCACAUGUUGAUAAUCAGUUUCGAUUAAUAAAUUUAGCUAACGUGACUGCUCUCUCCGUCUGCGGGUACCCCUAUGAAGAAA